AUGUUCUCCCGCACAGUCGCCUCGAACCUGCUGCGGCAAACAGCCCGCCCGGCCGCGGCCAUGCGGGCUAUGCCCAUGCAGUCGGCCUUCCGCGCCGCCGCCUCGCCCCUCACGCCGUUCCAGAUGCGACUCCUGUCCGACCAGACGCGCAGCGCCAUCGACAAGGCCGUCGCGUCAGCGCCGGUGGUGCUCUUCAUGAAGGGCACGCCCGAGUUCCCGCAGUGCGGCUUCUCCCGCGGCGUCAUCCAGAUCCUCGGCCUGCAGGGCGUCAACCCGGCCAAGUUCGCCGCCUUUAACGUCCUCGAGGACGACGAGCUGCGCCAGGGCAUCAAGGAGUACUCGGACUGGCCGACCAUCCCACAGCUGUACAUCGAGAAGGAGUUUGUCGGGGGCGCCGACAUUGUCCAGAACAUGUUCAAGAGCGGCGACCUGGCCAAGAUGCUGGAGGAGAAGGACCUGCUGGUGGCGGGUGAGGAGCAGUAG